AGAUGAGAAUAGAGAAUAUGACCUCCCAACUAAAUACCCAUGUUCAAUAUGGACAGGGUCAAGAAUAGACAUAAUCUUACCUAACAGUAAAAUAUCCAAACUCGGACCAGGCCAGAUCAGAGUGACUUUCAUCAGACUCAGUUGAUUUUCGCGGGAUAUUUUCAUUCGGAACUUCUUGGGAAAUAAACUUCCGAAUGAAUGCCACAGACCGACUUUCUGUUUUGUCGAGGCAUGUGAAAAACUGCACGCAUUCCAGGAGCCUUGACAUAACCAUGAGUGGAGGUAAUGUAGUGCCACCACUUACCACUCAUGUCCUGGAUACAGCGAGGGGGGUCCCAGGUGGUGGCAUUAGCAUGGUACUGAUGAUUCAGACUGGUAAUGGAGAAUUCAGAGAACUAGAGAGAGGGACCACAAACAAUGAUGGCCGGGGCGGAUUCCUGAGUAGCUCCUCCUUCCAGGCAGGGGCAGUGUACAAACUGUUUUUUGAUACAGACUGCUACUUCAAAAGCCUCGGAAUCAAGGGAUUUUAUCCAUUUGUGGAGGUUGUGUUCCGUAUAGAAGACCCUUCCCAGCAUUAUCACGUGCCCCUCCUGCUUAGUCCCUACGGUUACUCCACCUACAGAGGCAGCUGACUAGACAAUUCUCAGACUAAUCACUGUCGUUCUGUGGACUCGGAUAUAUAUCACUUGAUUCUUAUCUUAGUUUUAUCAUUGCAUUACAGCAAUUGUUGAUUGUCUUACUUGUAUAUGAUCAUUGAUGUAUUGUAUAUGUAUUCAGAAAUAUUUUGUUUAUGUGUGUAAUUUUUUAAAUAUUUGGAAUAAAUUAUUAUUUGAA